ACUAGAUUUUGGUUACCAACAAUAGAUAGUUCCGCACAUUCGCUGUGGUUUUUCAACAUAACCAUAUCAGAAUCCAAAUUUGUAAUUGAGUUGUUCAUUAAAAAAAUCUCUAAAAUAAUAAGAAAUGGCAGCGUGGAGACAAGCUGGAUUAAACUACAUUAAUUAUUCACAAAUUGCUGCUAAAUUAGUUCGUCAGGCAUUAAAACCUGAACAUCGAACUGCAGCAAUGAAACGUGAUGAAACCAAUGUCAAAUUUACUCAAUGGAAAGAUGGAAAACCAGCGACUGAAAAAUCAUAAAUUCAUCGAUUUAGGCCACAUAAUUUACAUCAAUGCAGAUUUGUAGAGAAGUUAAUUCCUUCCAUAUUGAAGAUGUAAAGUUAAAUGUUGGUAGACAUCACAAUUCAUUAUUAAUUAUAUCUUCUAAUUUAAUCUUUGAAUCGUCAUCUCACAACUGGACAGUGAGCUUUACAGUGGACUGGAAAAUAUGUAAAAUAAAUUAAAGAAAAUAUUAAAAUUAACAAAAAAAGCUUAAAA